GGAAAGUAAGUGUCAUGUGUUAUUAACAAUAUAUUUGAGAAUAUAUCUGUGAGUUUAUGGUUUGACAGUUUAUUAGGCUCCUCGUGUGGCUCUAUCUUUCUCCAGAAGCCCUGUCCUCACUCUUCUCUUCGCCCGGCUUCUCUGAGGGCACGUUUGUUGUUUCUCGGAAGUGACGAAACCAAAGUACAGAUGGCGGCUCACAGUUUGCUCCCGGAUAUGUACUGAAACGAAUUUGAUGGCAUCUUAUUGGACUUUUUGCAUACUUUGCCAUUUGUCUGAGGUCUCGAGAUUAACAUCGAACCUGUCGAGUACAGGAGUCGUCAAUCCGAGGAGGGAUCAUUUGUUGUAGAGCUGUCUAGAUCCAGAGCUAGCUGCCUUGCCAAUGAAAUCCAAGUCCAGUUAGCCCUUGAUCGCAGAGGCUGGUUUGAGUGCGUGGCUACACGCUUUAAGACGUUUGACAUUUUAGCAGUUUUGUGACACUGGCUGGUCCAGGUGCAGCAGAGUCUCUGGAUUCUGUAGUUUGGUUAGCCUCGCUCGCGGGACUUUAAAAGCAAAGAAGCGGCGGGAAGUGGUUAGCCGACCUGAUUAGCUGUAGCCGUAGUUCCAGCUCUUCUGAAGUCAUUGGUCUCUAGUGGAGAGUGUGAAUCUCUUCUAUGGUUCACCGUUGCGCCGUUCAUCGACUGUCAGCAUGUUGAAGACUCGUCAGUGUUUACUCGGGAUUCGCACCUUCCUUGGAGUGACGUCUAGAAUAUGGAGUUUCAUUUUAUACAUCCUCAGGAAACAUCUACGAACGAUAAUCCAGUACCAAACAGUGCGUUAUGACACAUUACCUCUCUCCCCUAUUUCCAGAAACAGACUCAAUGCGGUGAAGAGGAAGAUAUUGGUGUUGGAUCUGGAUGAGACUUUGAUUCACUCUCACCAUGAUGGCGUCCUUAGACCUACAGUGAGGCCUGGUACACCGCCAGACUUUAUCCUCAAGUUUUCACCCUCAGACAAUGCAAUACCUAUAAAGUCGUGGUUCAGUGACCCAAGCGACACAGCACUUCUUAACCUGCUCCCAAUGUUGGAUGCAUUGAGGUUUACCUCAGAUGUUCGCUCCGUCCUCAGUCGAAAUCUCCACCAGCAUCGGCUUUGGUGAUCGUAUCUUUCAGGGCCAGUCUCUCUUCUGGUCACAGUCUGGUUUUUACAUGGCUCUGCCCGCUAAGUGUUAGCCUCUCCUGUGCUGGAACUGUCAGCCUCUCGUCAUUGUGAGCUCCCAUUAGUCAUAUGGACUCCUCUGAGGAAAUGCUAUGAGAAGACAUGGGAGGACAGAAAGGAGAAGACACGUGAUGAAGAAGCGAUUGCAAAUAAACUCAAGACAAAUGGAGAGGCCAGCAUUUUCUUCUUGUAUUUUUUUCCUUAAAAAUGGAAACUCUGCCUUACAGUUGUUGGAUUCAACAUGUGCAUGAUGGAGUGUUUCUGAGUGAAUGGGGGAGAAAGCUUCUGAUUCCAAUUUUGAAAUGGAUCAGUGAACGGGUUGUAACUACCAGUCACUUCAUAAGCACUUAUUCCCACUUCCUCAAUGACUGUGUUUGUCUUUUUAGUUUCGUAUGACCUUAGCACAAAUGGUCACAUGGUCUUUUAUAUCCCACUCAUUCUCUCGCUAAGAUUCUGUCCUUCCUCUCCUUUUUUUUCUGUCUGCCAUCUCGGGUAUCUCGGCCUGUUCUCUAUGUUAAGAGCUGAGAGCCGUUAAUACUGUUGUACUAAUAGUAUGCUGUGGAAGAGAUAACUACGAUCAGCAGGAGAGAAAACUACAGUCCAUUAUUACAGCUUAUGGUAUUAAUUUUCUGUGUAUUUUUUAAAUGGCUCAUAUGUGAAACCUCUGGUUAAAUCAGAGAGGUUUUCGAAGACACAUUUUUAGAUGCUCUUCGAUAGGAAUACAUCAGCCACUGAGAGUGACACUGAGCAACAAGGACUCUGCUAUAACAGAAGAAUAAAAUAGAGCCUUUUGUCAACAACUGAAAUGA